GAGGCGCUGAUGAAGAGGAACUCCACGGUGGCUCUGACCUUCCUCCAGUGGUUUAAGCUGUUUUUUGAUAAGAACCACAAAGGGCGGGAGUAUCACGCCCUGGAGGCCAGAGGAGGACAGAGCAUGGUUCCUGCUGACUCAGAUGAUGUUUCCUCAAAGACUCCUCAUCAGAAACUGGAGAUCAUUCUGAAGAUGGAAGGAAAAAAAGUGAAAGGACCAAGAAAAGAGAAACCAAGAGACAAUCCAAACAGGUCUGCAGAGGAAGUGGUGGUGAUAUCUGACGAUGAUGAUUUGAUGAUGGAUGUGACGAAGGAGCAGAAAACAGACAAAAUGGAGAUACUAGAGAAAGAACAGUUUGCACAGGAGAAGGAGCAAGUGGAGCAAACAGAAGCAGCUGUGCACAAGAGAAGUGAAGCAACGAGUCCCUGCAGCAGCGACGCUCUGCAGAGUUUCAUCAGAAAACUCUCAUGUGAGACUGUGGACUCAAAUUCAACCUUCAGCACAAGAACACACUCUAAUAUUUCUGGUCCUUCGCUUUCUGCUAUCUUAAAACCGUCCCACCCAAAAGACGCCACCCAGGCCUGCUCACUCACGCCGUUCUGCCUCUACCUGUACACGGGGGUCGAGCUGGAUGCAGGACAAAGCACAAGCGUCGUCCUGAUUGGAUAUUUCGACCCGAGCUCAGGGGUCUGUGUGGUCAGGCUGCUGUGCACUCUGCAGAUGAGCGUGGACGCCGCUGAUCCACAAACAUCAGUGGAUAUGGACGUCGACACAGACGCAGUACGGUCUGAUUCACACCUUCUGCUUGACACGCUGAAGACAUCCAACCUCUGUCUGUCCAACCUGGCUGUGUUUUACUGUAACGCUCCUCACCCACGGGUGAGCCGGGUGUUUGUGUCCGAGCUCAAGGCCCACAGCCCGGGGUUGGUGUCGCUCUGCGGCCUCCCUGGGAUAGCAGGAAGAGCCUGCGAGGCCGCGCUUUCUGCUUCCUUUCAGUACGUGGUGGACUUUGUUGGAGACAUCCACCACCACUGCUCCACCCACCCCUCUGUUGAUGACAGUCUGAAAGAGCUGUUUGCUGGUGUGGAGUCUUACAACACAUCGCACCCCGUCUCGGCACAGUGUUUGGUUUUUAUCCGCACUGUGCGGAAGAUGGUCGGCAGCUGGAGGGAUUUAGUGAAGCAUUUUAAGUCAUUGAGGGGAACAGUGCAGAUUGACCGAAUCAGGACCCAGCUGAUGGAUCAUAAAGUCAAACUGGACUUCCUCUUCCUGUCCCAGUCUUUGGAGCCCCUUCAAUCUAUUGAAGAAAUGCAGCAGAAAGCUGAAGCAGACGUCGUGGCAGAGCUCCAGCUGACCUCUGCUUUGAUUCAGUUGUAUGCAGCGACCAUUUUCUGUCCCUCCAGCGCUAAGCGCUUUGUCAGGAGACCAGACCUGUAUCUCCUCCACAGUGAGAGGGAGCUGCUCCCCACAUCAGAGAUGAACUUAGGCUCCAAUGCGAUGGACUACAUGUGGGCCACUGCUAACGUGGAUCUUGGGGAACAGGAGAGGAGCGACUUCCUGAAGGCUGCAGUGACUUUCUAUAAAGCACUGCUACAGAGUAUAGUGCUGAGUGUCCCUCAGCAGCUUGGACGAGUGACCCUGAGGGAUAUCAGCACAGUGCUGAAACACCCAGAGAACAUUAAUAAUCAUCAGUUGUCCAGACUUGUGGUGUCCGAGCUGGGAGUUCAGCUGGGUCUGUGUAAAGUCGGAUCUCCAGAGACGGAUCAGCUGGCACUCGACUACCUCAGUGUCAUUAAGACGCUGACGGAAGAACAGACGAGCAAAGCAGGAGGUUACUACUGGACAAAGAUGUUGAGCGGCAUUAGAGCGGGUUCUACUCUGCACAGACUCGUCCUGACGCUCCUGGCUCUUCCCAGCUCUCUGUGCAGGAAACAGGUGUUUUCCCAGGUGUUCGACAGCAACAAGGCUCCUCCUGAAAACAAGAAGACCCCCGAACCUCAACCAGGGAGGUGGACCCGCAGAAGGAAGCUUCCCAUCCCGGGGGGUUAUGGCAGCGAGAAGAAAGAAGAGGAGGAGGAGGAGAGUUCAUCUGAUGAUGCUUUCAGUUUUGUGGCCAAACACAGUCGAAUGACUUCCAAACACUUCAGUUGUAUGGAGGAGUCAGACCACACCGAUAACUCCUCUGAUUGGGUUGACGUCAGCGAGGAGUCCAAACUCUCUCGGAUCAGAAGGCUAAUAAAGGCAGAGGCCGAACCAGGUCCACAGGCAGAGGUUUUCCACGUCUUGGACAGUGAUGAUGAUGAAGAUGAUGACGAAGAGGUUUCAAGAAGCAAACCCUCCGAAUCGGCAGGAUUCCUGGACUCGAACAGGCCGCUGGUCUGGGGUAUGGUGGAGGGGUUUGCUCCCUGGCCGGCCAUCAUCGCAUCCUGUGGGCCAGAGAAGCUGCUUCCAGGGAAGAGCAUGGUGGAGUGGUUGGGACAGAAAAUGUCCUCACAAGUCAGUUUGCUGACUCUGAAGCCGUUUGCUGCCUUUGGCGAGUACUUCUGUUCCAGCUCCUUCGCCACACUUGCCACCUACAAAGAAGCCAUUUUCCUGUCACUGGAGGAGGCAGCACUUCGCUGUAAGAAACGUUUUCCUGCGCCUCCCGAGGACAGAACCCAGCUGCUGAUGCAGAUGUUAGACUGGGCCUUCGCAGGCUUUCAACCCACAGGACCGGACGGAUUCAAACCAACGGCUUCUGUAAAUGGUGAAUGUGAAAUAACCAACCGGCCAAUGGAGAAGAAGAACCUCUUCCCCAAAGCCUCCUGUUCUCCUCAGCCCUCUAGCUCCUCCUCUCCACCGGGUGUCUUGAGCACUGAGAUGAAAGAAGUGGCUGCGUCUCUGAACCAACUGUCGGGGGGAGAAGGAGUGGAUUCUGUGGGGAGAAGCACCAGAGGUGGAAUGAAGGAGAAGGGAUCCAGAGGAGGAGGGGAGGCAGCGAGGCAAGAGAGGGGAGGAUGGGAAGGAGAGAAAGAUGACUGGGGUGGAGGGGGGGAGAGGCCGAGAGGAGGGAGGAGUAGGAGAGGAGGGAGGGGACAGAGGAAGAAAAGCAGUUUGUCCGGUGGGUUGGAUAACGACACAUCGCCGAACUCUGUGCCCCACAAGAGGAGGAACUUCCCCAAAACCAGCAAGGUCCAUGAGGUGACCAGCGUCUACACCCAGCCGGACCAGAAGCUCCGAGAGGAAACAAUUCGUCGGAUCACAGACAUGAAACUGGACAUCGAAGGCUUGUGUUUGUGCUGUGGUUCAGACAGCGUGGCGAUGUCCCACCCUCUGUUUAAAGGAAGCCUCUGUUUAAAGUGUAAACACAACUUCACAGAAACUCUGCAUCGUUACGAUGAAGACGGAUAUCAGUCGUACUGCACCAUCUGCUGCUACGGACUGGAGGUGAUACUGUGUGGCAAUGACAGCUGCUGCAGGUCUUUCUGCGAGGACUGUCUGAACGUUCUCGUCGGUCCUGGGACGUUCGACUCCUUGAAGCUGCAGGACCCGUGGAUCUGCUUCCUGUGCCAGCCGCACCGAGCCCACGGCGCUCUGAUGCCCAGGGAGGACUGGAGCAUCCGUGUUCAGGAGGUCUUCGCCAACAACAGCGCCAUGGCCUUCGAGCCGCACCGUGUCUACCCGUCCAUCCCCGCCAACCUGCGCAGACCACUUCGAGUCCUGUCGCUGUUUGAUGGCAUCGCAACAGGUGACGCAGCGCCUGGAGCCUUUAAUCCAUGGGAUCAAACUUGUGAUCAAAGACAGAGUGUAAAUAUGUUUGGUUUCUCUUCAGGUUUCCUGGUGCUGAAGGAGCUCGGCUUUAAAGUGGAGAAAUACUUCGCCUCAGAGGUCUGUGAAGACUCCAUCGCUGUGGCAGCCGUCAACCACGAUGAGAAGAUCAUCCCUGUGGGUGACGCCCGUUUCAUCACCAUGGAACAUCUCGAGGAGUGGGGUCAGUUGGACUUGCUGAUCGGUGGCAGCCCCUGUAACGACCUCUCCAUCGUCAACCCGUUCAGAAAAGGACUUUAUGAGGGCACCGGCAGGUUGUUCUUUGACUUCUUCCGCAUCCUUCAGCUGCUGAAGCCCAAAGACGGAGACCCGCGGCCGUUCUUCUGGCUCUUUGAGAACGUCGUCUUCAUGAACUCCCACGACAAAGUCAACAUCUGUCGCUUCCUCGAGUGCAACCCGGUGCUGGUGAACGCAGUCAAAGUCAGCCCGGCCCACAGAGCUCGUAACUUCUGGGGAAACAUCCCGGGGAUGAGCAGGCCCAUCGCUGCGUCUCAGAGCGACAGGCUGAGUCUCCAGGACUGUUUAGAGGUCGGCAGAGAAGCCAGGGUCACUAAGGUGAGGACGAUCACCACCAAUUCCAACUCUCUGAAGCAGGGAAAACACGUGUGUCUGCUGCCUGUCCUACACAACGGGAAAGAGGACACCCUCUGGAUCACUGAACUGGAAAAGAUCUUUGGUUUCCCCAAACACUACACCGACGUGCGGAACAUGAACCGGCAGCAGAGGCAGAAGGUGCUGGGGAAGGCGUGGAGCGUCCCCGUCAUCCGUCACCUCUUCGCUCCCCUCAAAGACUAUUUUGCCUGUGAGGAGCUUUUGAACCCAUCCACCACAUCCACCUCCCAGUCGUCCACCUCCCAGUCCUCCACCUCCCAGUCCUCCACCUCCCAGUCGUCCACCUCCCAGUCGUCCACCUCCCAGUCCUCCACUUCCCAGUCCUCCACUUCCCAGUCGUCCACCUCCCAGUCCUCCACCUCCCAGAGAAAAUAA